AUGUACGCCCGGAGUAGAGACUCGGUGUCCUCACGACCGAAGUUCGGCAUCGGGACGCUGCGCGGGCUCCAGCAGCCCGAACUCAGCCGCAAGCUGAAUCGACUGAUCAAGAACGAGAAUGGCGUUAUCAGUGCUCAUGAGAAAGCCGCUCGCGAACGCGUGUCCAUCGCUUCGCAGCUGUCUGAAUGGGGAGAUUCCACGGAGGAUGAAGCCGUGUCGGAUAUCGCGGACAAGCUGGGAGUUAUGUUGGCUGAGGUGGGAGAACAGGAGGAUAUCUACGCGCAGAAUCUCGAGGACUCCCGUGGUCUGCUGAAACAUAUUCGCGAGACCGAGAAAUCUGUCCAGCCGGCGCGAGACCACCGCGCAAAGGUGGCGGAUGAUAUCCAGAAGCUUAAAUGGAAGGAUCCCAACAGCCCGAAAUUGGAGACGUUGGAGCAGGAGCUCGUAAGAGCAGAAGCGCAGAGUCUUGUCGCGGAGGCGCAGUUGACAAAUAUGACUCGACAGAAGCUUAAGGAAGCUUACGAUGUCCACCUGGCAGCUGUCAUCGAGCGAGGAGAGAAACAGAUUAUUCUCGCUCGUCAUGCUCGCCACCUGCUGAACCUUCUCGACGAUACUCCGGUUGUUCCCGGAGAUGCGCGAAGGGAGUACGAUCGGGGCGCAGAGGCGAAGCAGGUGCUUGAAGAUGCGGAAAAGGAUCUUCUCACUUGGGAAAGCACCGUGGUACCAAUUCAGACAUCGGCUGCACAGAUGCAGAGCGGUGCUCUUCCUGCAAUCCACCCGACUCGUGAUGCAGAACACGAAGCGGACGGUACUACCUUCUCCGAUACCACCAGAGAAAUAGACGGAUCUGCCGCUGAUGCCUCCCGGGACCUAGAUGGAUACGUUCAUUCGGAGACCCCCGAGACGAAUGGGUAUAUCCCGGGAGAAACCGAGAUUGACGAAGUGGGCCCUGCGACGACACGGCAGGUUGACGAAUCGCUCACCCAAACCAACAUCCGCGAGACAGAGGAUGCCGUGACGGAGGGGACCAAAGAAACCGUCGUCGCCCAAGAUCUCAAUGGAUUCGUGGCCGAGGAAGCCAAGGCGGCUCAAAGCACAUUGGAGCAGGCCGCCCGGUCCGCAGCGCAGCCAAUUGCUGUUCCAUACUGA